UGUCUCAAAAUAACUUGGGACCUGCAAACUGACAAAUGCUAUUGCUUCAGUGGUGACAGGUUGUCCAGCUUCUUACAGCCCAUCUUCCUUUAAAACGAAGGUUAACGCCUUUUUUUGCCUGAUGGACUCCGUGUCGUUUUGGUUCCAACAGACCUGAAGGAGUACCAUUGCUUCGGUCAUUUUCUCUCUCCUACUUAGGAACCGUUGUCAUUGUGAUUGUGUGCUAGAGUUGGAUUUCAACAUCUGGACGAAUUAGAAAAGCAUGCAAGACAAUACUUCAGAAUCUUCUACUUCAAUAACCCAACUUCUGAGAGAGAGCUAUUUAGCUGAAAACAACCGUCAAGGGAAUAGUGAACGAAGUAGAUCAGAACCAUCUCUGCAUUCUUUUCACUGUGGCAGCACACCUGGCACUUCAGAAGACGUGGCUGGCCAAGAUGACCUUCCAGAUCUUUCUGCCUUUCUGAGCCAGGAAGAGCUGGACGAAAGUGUGAACCUGGCAAGGCAAGCCAUCAAUCAAGAUUCACCGGAGAACAAGCAAGAAGAGCAGAUACAUGUCUUUUACCCCUCUGAGCUGAAAAACGCAGUGUCAAACAAACAGCAAUUCCAGCCUCCAGCCUCACCAAAUUCAGACAGCGGCCUAAAGAAACAAUCAUUUGGUUCAGAGGCAGAGUCCAAAAAGGAAUUCCUCAACAAAGCAGCAGAUUUUAUUGAGGAGCUUUCUUCUCUGUUCAAAGCACAUAAUUCAAAAAGAAUCAGGCCCAGGACGUGCAAAAACUACAGGAGCAAACUUGAAUCUAAAAACAAGGCUGCCCAAGACAGUGGUUCUGGUUUCUCCCAUCUGUCUGAAAACAGAGAGAGGCCUUGUAUUCCCGUACCUCAAGAUUUAGAUAAAGCUGAGCACUCCUCUGAAAGCCCAGCCAGUCCUCAAGAGGCAGACUUGGAAGCUGUAAAUAAACUAGAAAGUUCAGGGUUAACCACCGAGCCAUCAGCCACAUCUUUCUAUUCUGAGGAGCCUAUAGGCCAACCACCACAUUUUACUCAGAAACUGAAGAGCAGGGAGGUCCCUGAAGGAACCAAAGUGCAGUUGGACUGCAUUGUGGUAGGAUUUCCAACACCUGAAAUCAGGUGGUACUGUGAAGGAAAAGAACUUGAAAAUUCACCAGAUAUUCACAUCAUCCAGUCCGGAGAGCAGCAUUCCUUGAUCAUCCUCGAAGCUUUUGAAGAAGACACAGGGCGUUACUCCUGCUUUGCUUCCAACAUCUAUGGGACAGACUCGACCUCUGCAGAGAUUUAUGUAGAAGGAGCCUCAUCUUCUGAAUCGGAAAGUGACACCAACAAAGAAGAAAUGGAUCAAUACCAAAACCGCACAAAGAUCUCUUCAAAUGUGCAACCUUCUCCUGUUACCACCACAGUCACCCAUCAAGAAGCACCCAAACCACAGCCUGUGUCAAUACCUGUCCACCAUAGUCAAAGUCCCACUAAUUAUUUACAAGGACUGGAUGGAAGACCCAUAAUAGCUGCUCCAGUGUUUACUAAGAUGCUGCAGGACAUCUCGGCCUCUGAGGGUCAGCUGGUUGUGUUUGAAUGCAGAGUGAAAGGAGCUCCCUCUCCCAAGGUUGAGUGGUACAGAGAAGGGACAGUGAUAGAAGAUUCUCCAGACUUCAGAAUAUUACAGAAAAAACCUCGAUCUAUGUCCGAGCCAGAGGAGAUUUGCACAUUGGUCAUUGCUGAGGUAUUUUCAGAAGAUUCUGGGAGUUUUACCUGCACUGCAAGCAAUAAGUAUGGGACAGUUUCCAGUACUGCUCACCUAAAAGUAAAGGGACCUGUGGACCAGAAUCAUAAUGCUGCUCUCCAUACUAUAAGUUCGAUCAGUUUAGUGGCUGCGGAACACCAGCCUUCUGCACCAGUCCCUUCGCAGCCUUCGGUGGAUCAGCCUCCAAAGCCUAAACUGGAAGGCGUUCUUAUAAACCAUAAUGAGCCCCGGUCAAGUUCCAAAGUAGGCCUUCAUGUGCACUUUAAGCUGCCAGAUGACGAUAAAGGAAGUGAAGCCUCUUCAGAAAAUGGAGGAAGGCCUACACAUCACAUCAGACCAAACUGCUUCCCAGACAAGAUCAAUGGGCAGAUAUUUAAAAAUCAAGAGAUAACGUCACCUUCAAAAGAGCCACCUCCAGUACUAGCGAAACCAAAAUUGGAUCCCACCCAGCUAAAACAGCUACACAACCAGGUCUUACUCGAGCAACAGCUAAUUCAACAGCCAUCUCCUCCACGGGAGCAAUCAUUCAAUACUGGCGCGCAUCAGCAGCAACAACCUUCAUCGACUGCGUACAAGCAGAACAAGGGUCCCUCCACACAGACAUUCACUUAUACCCGGCCUAAGCAAUUUCUGGCAUCGCAGAACACCGCGCCAGCCGUCAGCUCCCCGUCCAGCUCCCCCAUGCCCUCAUUCAACAAUGCACUUCAAGGAACCCAGAAAGCAACCAGCAAGGAGAACGUCUUGGGAUCUCCUCCACCAGGCCAGACGAGAUCUCUGGGAGGCUUGACAAACCAAGCGGAGCAGCCACUUCCCAGUCCCAAAGAAACGGUGUUGCCGCCAUUGUUGCUUUCUGUAUCCAGCAUGAACCAGUUCCAGCCCCAGAAUGUGCCUCCGACACCUCUCUCUCCAACUGGUCGGAUUCAGAAUCCCGUAGCCUUCCUCAGUUCGGUUCUUCCUUCACUUCCUUCUACACCCCUAACGAAUGCCAUGGGUCUUCCUAAAAGUGCUCCAGCUGCAGGAAGCCAGGGAACAGUGAAGAAAAAUUCCAAGCCCUUGCAGCUGGCAACAGAGGAUUCAAUUAGAGCUCAUAGAACUGCUGUUGUGAAAGACUUGGAGAAAAGACUGUAUUUACGGGAUGAUGUGUUUCCACAUGGCCAGCAGAGCACAACCUGUGAUGAAAAUCUGGCUCGCAGGCUUCAGGGACCAAGCAAUGAUACCCCAAUCUUCAACUAUGCAGCUCAGGAUGUAUCCAAGGAAUAUAAAAUUUCCAACUUUGAGCAGCGGCUGAUGAAUGAAAUAGAGUUUCGUCUGGAACGUACUCCGGUGGAUGAAUCUGAUGAUGAAAUUGAGCAUGACGAGAUCCCUACGGGCAAGUACAUUGCUCCCAUCUUCGACAAGAGACUCAAGCAUUUCCGGGUCUUGGAAGGGCAACCUGCUACCUUCACUUGCAAAAUUGUUGGAAUCCCAGUACCCAAGGUAUAUUGGUUUAAAGAUGGCAAGCAGAUUUCAAAGAAAAACCAACAUUUCAAGAUGAGCAGAGAGGGUGAUGGAACGUGCUCUUUGCAUAUUGAAGCCACUACAAAUGAUGACGAUGGAAACUAUACGUUCAUGGCUGCGAAUCCUCAGGGGAGAAUCAGCUGCUCUGGUCACUUGAUGGUGCAAACUCCUCCAAUACGUAGUAGACUAACAACAGCGAUCCAGCCUCACAGGGGAAGAUCUCGUAUAUCAGAAGGAGAUAAGGAACCCAUCCAGGAGCGCUUCUUCCGGCCAUAUUUUCUACAGGCGCCCGGGGACAUGGUAGCUCAUGAAGGGCGGCUUUGCAGACUGGACUGCAAGGUAAGUGGGUUGCCACCUCCAGACCUGAUGUGGCUUUUGAAUGGCAAGCCCGUAUUACCAGAUACCACUCACAAGAUGCUGGUCAGAGAGACUGGAGUGCACUCCUUGCUUAUUGAUCCCAUCACGCAAAACGAUGCUGGAAUUUACACUUGCCUCGCCACCAACAAAACGGGGCAGAAUUCAAUCAGCCUGGAGCUUAGUGUUGUAGAAAAGGAAGUUAAAAAGGCUCCAGUGAUAUUGGAGAAGUUACAAAAUUGCGGUGUACCAGAAGGGCAUCUAGUCCGACUAGAAUGCCGAGUGAUUGGAAUGCCACCCCCAGUCUUUUAUUGGAAGAAGGACAAUGAGACCAUCCCAGCGAACCGAGAAAGGAUGAGUAUGCAUCAAGAUGCUACAGGGUAUGUUUGCCUUCUGAUUCAACCUGCUAAGAAAGUGGAUGCUGGUUGGUACACUUUGUCUGCAAAAAACGAAGCUGGAAUUGUCUCCUGUACUGCUAGACUUGACAUAUAUGCUCAGUGGCAUCAACAGAUCCCUCAGCCAAUAAAGAUUCGCCCGGGUGGCACCCGAUAUACCAGUCUCCCAGGACAAGGACUCGACAUUUUUUCUGCUUUCUCAACUGUUGAGAAUCCGGCGCGGUUUUCUUCACCAUCCCAGCGUGUGGUAGAAAGUGAAGAACUUUAAAAAUCCCUGCUUUGAAUCCUACCUGCAAAAAACCGAAUAAUACUAGAACUGUGAAAAAGAAUGGAGGGUACAAGCCGGGCGACUCAAGGUUUACAGGCAACUUGUAUUUGUGGAGUAACUGUGAAGUUGCCGAAAUUCCUCUGAGUGACAUGCAUACAAGACCUUAGUAUGGCAUCGUGAUCCUUGCACUACAAUCAGUUCAGUGCUGUGUUACUUCUUCCCCAAGUGCUAUGAAGGAAGGUGGCCUCGCUUUCACCUUUUAAGAGAAAAAGCUGUUCCACUUCUUACUGCUUGAAUGUAAAAGCUACUGAACCGUGAGUGAGGAUAUUGGAUGCCCAGCUAAAAGUUCUGACACUGUGAUCAUCCUGAGAGGGUAAACUACAUGCCUUUGAACAUAAAAGGCGACUGACAGUCACAAGCAAAAACAGCCAAAUGAAAAGGGUUAUAGAUCAGUUUAAUAGGAAUACAUAUCGAUAAGAGACCUGGCAGAUUCGAAGCUAGAUAGGCAUAGCAUUUCAAAUAGAAGCUGCUAUAUACAGUAGAACUUUUUAAAACCAUUGUGUGAGUUAUAUUCCAUGAGUCAUGUACCCAUGGGGUACUGGAUCAUAUUGUAAGACACCAUAGCAUUUCCUUUGGAUAUAGAUAUAUACAAUUAAGGCUGCGAUGCUAUAGCCACUUUCCUGGGGGAAGCACUAAUGAACUCAGUGGAACUUGCUUCUGGGUAGGCCUGUACAGGAUUGGGCCAUCAACAGCUUCUGUCCGAUGAAACACAUAGUAUAUAUACACCGCAACUAUCACUGCAAUAUACAUUUUGAAGUGUGCUUACUUUUUCUUUCUUCCAUUUUAGAAAUUUGCUCUUUUGAACCAAACAAUGGCAUAGAGGUUAUUUUUGUUUCAUGGGCUUGAAGUUAUGAAUUCCGUUCUCAUCCUGUGGUUUUGAUUAUUGUAUAUGUAUUAUGCAUAAUAUACAAUGCUCAAAAUGAGUCAGGAUGCCACCCCACUUCUUUUCAAGGAUACCUAUAGCCAUCCCCAACUUUUCAGGCUGACAUAAUUGUGUCUGGUCUAAUCCUUUUUCUCCCACUUUGAAGCCAUCUCACAUUCUUCGCAACCAUCUUCCUUUUGCUCUCACUUUGGGUACAGAUCACAGCUCUCAUUCUCUCUCUCUCUCUCUCUCUCUCUCUCAGUGGAUAUACAUAUGGGUAGCAUUCAGUGCUGUAUUUCAUUUAUGAAGUUGAUAUAGCACUAGCAUAAGCCUAGCUCUGUGUCAAUGGCACAAUCUGGCACUGUGGUUUUCUGUGGAAAUCCGUGUUGCCCACUUAUGCUAUUAAUGCUGCACCAGAAGUCACUCAUGCUUCUGCCACAUCAAUCAUGUAAGCAGAGCAGCGGCCUUGGAUGCUGGCUAAUAUACAUACACAGGAGAAAAUACUUCCACGGAUGUCCUGUAGUAAGCAAACAGGAACUGUGUCCUGAUCCAAUCAAAUUUAUUACAGUUCUAUUUUGGAUGCUGGUAGAGCUCUUUGAAGCAGAUAAUUCUGUAUUCGUAUUUCUAGGACAAAGCUUUAGCACUUGGGUAAAAUGCAAAGGACUUUUUUUAGCAGGUGGUAAAAUGAAUGCACACAAGGGGGGAUGUCUUUAAUAACGCAGCUAAUUAACCCAUUUUACUGAAUUUCUGUCUUAUGCAUUAUUCUAAACAGUUUCCACUAAGACUAGGAAUAUAUAUUAUCAACAUUUUUCCUGCUUCAAACUAUUGGUCAGAUGUGUAAUUCUGGUUUCACCAAUCCGGGUUUGAACUGCUCCCAUCAGGUUUUACCAAAGAUAUCCAUAAAAUACAACGUAAUAUUGCUAUAAAUAUAAAUCUCCAUAAUAUUGCUAUAAAUAUUAUUAGCAGUGAACUAUCACGUCUGUAUAAUCUGCACAAAGCCUCUGCUCAAGGCCUCAAAUCUUCCAAGUAACAUAAUAACAUUCUGAUUCAAAACCAGGACCUAAAUAUUCUCUGCUUUUGCACUAACAGAAAGUUCUACACAGUUCAUUAGCAGUAAUUACAGGUUUCAUCAGAAUGAGGAGAGGACGGAUCACCUGGUAAGUCUGCUGAAGAUUCCAUGGUGUCCACAUAUCAGUGUUUGGAAGUUUCUUUGUGUGAGAAGAGAAAGGAGACUUUUUAAGAGGAGCAAGUUUUAACAGGUGAAUUCAAAUACAGGAGAGUUGGCUCACUAAUGCAAGAUGCAUUUUCUGAUAGCUGUUUAUACAGGGAACAGAAGAAAACUACUGUCAGUAGAAUUCUGUCAUUGCUAGUUAGCCCUGGGUCUGAUUCUGAUCUCAACAAGACCAGAUUACACUGGAAAGCAAUAACCUUUAAGACCAACAUUUCUACUUUGUUAUAAAAGAGGCCAGAAUCUGAACUGUUCAUCAUGAGGCCAAGUUCUGUUACCUGUAUUUUAGCAAAAUAACAGUUCCUUUUAAAGGGGAAGUAAUACCUUCUAAGUACAGCUGGACUUCAUGGGUCAAAAUGGAACUGUAUUCCAAGCUUUGAUACAUAGCUUAAAAUCUUUCUCAGUGCAUGUAUAUGAAAUUAAUUAUCACUUUUGUUUGCUCACAUAAAGUAAGACGGACAGUAUUUGCUUAAAUAUUUACUAGGAAUGACGUCCUUCUACCCUUGUUGCUAUGAAUGUUUCUGUAGAGAAAGAUGCAUAAGGCAUCACUUUGCCACUGCAGGUAUGGAUACGUAACAGUGAAUGUCCAAAAUUUAGUGAAAGUUGGCAUUCAAAUAUAAAUGCUCCAGGCAAAAUUUGUGUAUGUCUGAAAAUCUGGUUAUACAGCAAUUAACAUUAAUGCUCAUACAAAUGUGAUUAGCAUCAUUCACUAACUGAUGUAUGUCUGAAAAGCAUGGAACACCUCCCCCACAAAAAGCUGUCACUAUUCUUACAUGAAUGCCAAUAUGGAGCAAAUUUUGGUUAUUUAGUGUAAUAGUGACUAAUUUAACUUGCAGCCCAUAUACACUUAACAAGAAGUAGGUCCCAUUGAAAUGGAUCUUACUUCUGUGUAAACAUGGAUAGGACUACACUGUCAGAUCUGAUUUCAGUGUAAUUUAGUAUUGACUUCUGCUGGAUUGUGCCCAGAGAUGCAUAGCACCCUUGAUUAAGUGUGGUAUAAUUGAGCGGAUAACAUUGUAUGAAAAGGGCCGUUGGAGCCACUGAUACUGCCAAAAAGCAGGACAGAUUCUCUGUCAAAGUUUUCUUCUUGUAUAAGAUUGUUUGACCCCCCCCCCCGCAUUUUUCAUCAAACUUACACUGACUUUGCACUGUAAACUAAUCCUUUUGCCUUAUGCAGCAAAAAAACAUUCCUGCAAAAUUCCCAAAGGACAGAAUUUCCAGAUUAACAAAAUGAGAUCUUUUAAGACCUCAGUUGGAAUUUAAUAGGAGUUAAUAGGGAACUUAAAGGUGCAGCCCUGUCACCCCUACAGCUGAUGGGUGAACUCAGAGGUUUACGCCUGGUGCAAUUUGCAACGCUGGUGUUCUCCACACUGCCAUAUCUUGCACCAGGUAUUUUCUCUGGAUGAAUAUUUUCAGUUGUCUAGAUUUCGUGCCAGGAAACGGGAGGGAAGGAGGCUGGGACACGAAUUGGAAUCAGUGUGAUUCUGCAGUGCAAGCCUCCUCACCCCUUCCAAGGACCAGUUGCGACAUCCAGGGAGACAGCUGGCAUGGUUGUUUCGGCAUCAGCUGCAAGGCGGCAGGGCAGGGGCUUGGCCUUCAUAGCCCCGGCUCCAAGACCGCAGGAUUCUGGAGCGGGAACUUUGAAGAAUCCUGUGGCCUCCCCAGCUGAUGUUAAUGAGGCACAGGAUUGUGCUCUACUGCGAUGUUUGGUAGAAUGAAACAUAAUAAACAGGAACUAAAUGCCAGAUGUGUGUGUCCACUGAUGGAACAGAAUCGGCCAGUAGAGCAAAUUCCCCCUUCUGCCAGUUGGUAUCCCUUUGCAGUUCUGCUCCUGAAGGUUGCAACAGCCUCCAGAACAGAUUUUGGGAAUAGAAAGAGCCGCAGGGGAAGGAGAGCAGAGGAAAUGUUUGUUGCAUGAGCAGAAGAUUGCUUGCACAACCUUAAAUUUAGGGCAAUGGAAUUUUAUUAAUAUUUCCAAAUUCAUAGAGUUGAAAUCAGGAUCUGAUUCCUCCUGGCAGAAGGGCCUGAUUCAAAGACGGUGUCCUUCCCCAUUUAGAGGCUACCUGUUCCACCUCACACCACAGUUCACCCAAUUGCCAACGUUCCCUCAACCUUUUGUGUAGGAUUGUCCAUGGGAGGAGGGCAUGUAGAAGGUUGCUUCCACCAGCCAAGAUGGACAUGCUUGAAUCAAUCCAUCCCAUAUUGUUCUCCAUCUAUUUAGCUUCUUGUUUUGUUUCGGAGGUUGCUAAGAAGAAAUGGCUCUGGGCAAUUCAGAAGAUCCCAAAAAGCAGCCCAAGAAAUAUAGGAGCACUAGGCAUCCGGAAAGUUUCUCCUGUGCUUUGAGACUAUUGGUUGUAUCUCAACCCAGAUCUUCGAUUCUGUGUUGCAACGAAAAGAUGCUACAGGUGACACUUACAGCAAUGACAAAAACCCAACAUUGUGGAUGCAAUGCAGAAAUGUUAAUGGAGGUCUUGAAGGUAGAUUAAGUAGCACUCCUAUUUUGCACUGGAAAGCCGACAAAGAGCCAACCUUCAGAGUUCUCAUAUAUAGGCAAAACACAAAUAAAGCAAAUGAUAACAGCACAGACAGCCUCACAUUUCAGAACUGAAAAUACUCUAUAAUUAUGUGAAUUAGGUCAACUGACCAAGGACUGCUUUGAUAUAUUAUGGAAAUUGUGAGUCAAAGAAACGCUAUGUGUAAUAAGAAUUUGGGGUGGGGUGGGGGAUGUUAAACCAUACUAACAAUGCCAGCAGAAUCAAAACACAGUUUUCUGAAAAGUAAUAACCUAUACCCCAAAUAAAUGGUAACAGUGUUGCUAUAGCAAGGAAAAGUUAAUGAAAUGUAUCUGUUAAAUGAAAUACUGCACAAGGCAAUGGCCUUAUAUUCUGUCAACAUGAAGUUACCGUAUUUUUCGCUCUAUAAGACUCGCCUGACCAUAAGAUGCACCUAGUUUUUAGAGGAGGAAAACCAGAAAAAAAAUAUUCUGAAUCAAAUGGGCACAUAAUCACAGGCA